AUGGAUGCGUCAGGAGAUCUAGGCUUUGACUAUACGCCAGAGUUGCCCAUCGCAAUCUCGUGCGUCACUGAUCGCUAUCUAUUAUUCGACGUCAAGAUCGCGACAUGGCUUCGCCGACAGCACAACAUCUGUGGUGUCACAAUUGGUAGUCUGCCACUAGCACCAUCUCAGAACAUGUUUCUCGGUGUUCCGGUUGAAAUAAUGCCGGAAGAAGCCCAGCUACUUGUCGAGCGAGGGAUCGGGUUUAUCCUAGAUGAUGCCCGUGCUCAUGAUGAAGCAAUACGCGCCUCUGAUGGUGCGAGACGUGCAGAUUACCUUGAAAGGCUUCGUAAGCAGGCAGAGCAGCUUGAGACCGUCAAGCUCCAGGAGAAGGCUGAGUCUAGGAAACGUGCCUUGGAGAAGCAGUCGAAGAAAGCGGCAACCUCGAGCGUUUCUACGCCAAGUCGGCCAGACGCCAGCCUACUCGAUUUUGACGACGCAGAGACUACACCAAGUUUUGCCAACUCUGCCACCACUGCCAUAUCUGAAAAGGAGUUCCAACCCUCAGCAAGCUACGGCAUAACCCCAGCAACAUCAAACCAUCUCCUCUCACCAUCCAUACCCACCUCCACAUCAAACUCCAUCACACCCACAAUCCCCAAUCUGCCUACCUCCUACCCGCUUUACCGUCAUCUCCACGACAAAGGCUACUUCAUGACGCCUGGGCUGCGCUUCGGAUGCCAGUACACCGUGUAUCCGGGUGAUACACUACGGUUCCACUCACAUUUCCUUGCGGUGGGCCGGCAGUGGGAUGAGGAAAUUGACCUGAUGGACAUCGUCGGCGGAGGUCGGUUGGGCACAGGUGUCAAGAAGGGUUUCUUAUUCGGUGGAGAGGAUCCCGCGAAAGGAGAGGUCCGGACCUUCAGUGUCGAGUGGGCUGCUAUGUGA